AUGAUUUCUUGCAUUAGAGGUGAUGCUAAAGAUUGCAGAUACGGAGAUCAUUAUGUGAUUUGGGAUUCUGAAUUUGGUUCUUACACUUGUCAGAGUUAUCAAGUGAUUGGGAAAAAGAAUCAAAAUAUCCUUUCAAGUGGUGCUUAUCUUCCUCUUGAUAUUUCUUUUCCCCAAAGGCUCGUUGACAACAUUUUGGUAGAGGCAACUCCCAAAGUAAUUUUAACAACCAGUGAACUGAGGGACCAGUUUCCAGCUGACUUUUGUGUAAUUUGUCUUGAUGAAAAUUUUUUGGAGCAAUUUAAAAACGGUAAUGACAAAGUUGUAUCCUUUCCAAUGAAUUGGGAUAAUUUGGCUUAUAUUGCUUAUUCUUCUGGAACAACUGGCAAGCCAAAAGGUAUAAUGUGUCCUCACAAAGGUGCAAUUUUAUCAUACAAAUGGCGACAUGAAAACUACCCUUAUGCGGCUGAUGAAAGAGAAGCUUGUAAUAUUUUUUUUCAUGAUCUUCAUGGAAGGAAAUUUUGCCCAGUUGGAUGCCAUCUUCCCCAAGUUCAAAUUGUUAUAAUGAAUGAAGCUAGAGAAGUGCAACCAGUUGGAGUUUCAGGGGAGGCUGUUGAAGUUUGUUUGACUUCUUUGCCUGAAGUAAACAAUUGUGUUGUCCUUGUGAAUGGAGAUGAAGGCGAGAACAAAUUUUUGGUUGCUUAUAUUGUACCAAAUGGAGAAGUGACAAGAAAGGAUAUUAGAUCACAACUCAAAAAAAAGUUACCUUUCUACAUGAUUCCUUCUUAUUUUCUUUUCUUAAAAAGUAUUCCUGUGGUUCCAGCUUCUGGAAAACUUGAUAAAAAGGCACUUCCAGAAUAUGACAGUCAAGUAGAAAUUUCUUUUAGCAGUGAAGGUCUUCCAAACACAGAUACCGAAAAGAAGUUGGCUCAGAUUUGGAAGAAUGUUCUUCAGUUAAGAAAUAUUGAUAUUGAAGAAAGUUUUUUUGAUUUGGGAGGCAUUGACAUGAGUCUGAGAGCAUUUUGGAGAUCAUUUCGUGUGGGCAAUCGCUGGAAUAAAGGCAGAGUAUUAGUCACUGGUGGCUCUGGAUUUCUUGGAGCCUUUCUCAUCAGAGAACUGCUUCUCAAUACAAAGACCUUCAUUUAUUGCCUUAUUCGAGAACAUCCAGAUGUAAGUGCACAUUGUCGCCUCAUUAAUUCUUUGAAGAAAUUUGGUAUCUUGGCCAAAGAUGAGAAAAAAGGAACAGAAAAACAGAAAAUUAUUGCAAAGUUAUUACCCAAUAGAUUGGCAACAGUAAAAGGUGAUGUAGCCAUUGUAAACUUAGGAAUGAAUGAAGAAGAAUAUAUGCACAUGUGCACUGAGGUUGACUUCAUCAUCCAUGCGGCUGCAUCUGUUAAUCUGGCCUACCCGUACAUUGCUCUGCAAGGACCAAAUGUUUUGGGAACACAAAAUGUUGUUUUGUUUGCUUUUACUGGGAAAGUGAAACCACUUCAUCAUAUAAGCACUGAUGGUGUUUUCCCACAUGGUCUUACCAACUGUGGUGAGGAUGAGGACAUCGCAGUCUAUCAUAAUCAACUGACGGAAGGUUAUUCCCAGUCAAAAUGGGUAGCUGAGUUACUAGUUGAAAGAGCAAGAAAACGAGGUCUUCCAGCUGUUAUAUACAGAUUGGGUAAUCUUUCUGGAGACAGAGAAAAUGUCAGUUGGAAUCCACAAGAUUUUACACUUUUGAUGCUCCAAGCAUGUGCAAUGUAUAAAGUGGCUCCAGAAGAAAACUGGAGUAUGGAAAUGACACCAGUUGAUUUUACAGCAAAUGUGAUUGUAAGGAUAACACAAGAUUUGGCCCAGGCUGUGGGAAAAACUUUGCACUUGAUCAAUACAAAACCAGCAAAAAGCAAAGACAUACAUUUCUUCUCUAAACUUAGCACAUAUACAAAUUCACAUCUACAAGAAAUCCUACUGAAUUUUGAUCUAACUUAUCCAGAAACGGAUUCUGCAUUUUUGAGACUUUAUUUUGAUAAGUUGUCCAGACAAGGAAUCUUUCCUUCACCGUCCAGAAUGAGUAUAGCAAACACAAGUCUCCAUGGAAAAGUUGUUAUUGUAACUGGUGCUUCCAGUGGAAUUGGUGCAGCAAUUGCUGAAGCUUUAAUCAAAGCUGGUGCCAAUGUAGCUUUAGCUGCACGAAGAAUUGAUAAACUGAAGGAUUUAUGCAAAAAAUUGGAAGAGGAUGGUUCUGGACUUGCAAUUGCUGUGAAAACUGAUGUGACUAACAAAGAAGAUGUGAAAGAACUUGUUCGUCAUACAGAAUGUUCACUUGGUUCAAUUGAUGUUCUUGUCAACAGUGCAGGGGUUAUGUAUUAUACACUAAUGAAGAAUCUAAAAGAAAAUGAAUGGGAACAAAUGAUUGACAUCAACUGCAAAGGAUUUGCUGGUCUGGCUGUGUACUCUGGAAGCAAGUUUUUUGUGGAAGGCUUGUCCCAAGCUCUAAGGCAAGAAGUAGUUUCCAGUGGAAUUAAAGUUACAUGUCUCCAACCAGGAGAUGUAAAGACAGAACUCAUUGGCCAUACAACUGAUCAAGAAGCCAAAGAAAUGUAUGAUGGAAGCAUCUUAUCUCGUACCUUACACAGUAGCAGAAAGUGUUUAAAUUUAUUAUUUUCAAACAGCUUUUCUUCCUCUAGUAUAAGUUAUUCCUCAGUGUAA